AUGGAGAUUCUAAGACAACUCCAUACAUCUGUUGCCCAGACCUUUGAGACCUCUUUUGAUGAUGCCUACCAACGAUUGAAUUCUGAGCUUGCUGUUUGCGAUGCACGAGUCAAGAAAGCCGAAGAAAAGGUCAAGCUCGCCAAUGACACGCAAAUAAUUACCACAACGAGAGCUGGGGAACUCGAGUACGAAAACUCAGUCUUAAGGGAUGAAUUGAGCUCGUUUGAGAUUGAUCCAAAGAUCGUCGACUUCUACGAUUGCAUAGAAGAAAAAUAUGCACCGAGAAAUAUUCCCGAGCUUUAUGAGAGGGACGGCGUGGAAGGUGACGAACCAGACACGAAGGAACAGAACAAAGCACUGCGUAUGAAAUACAAAGAUCUAUACAGGGAAACACGGACGCUCCUUGAAACAUCUGGAAAACUCAGAAAACAAAUCAAGAAACAGAAACAAAAGCUAGAGCAAUGGCAAGGCUUCCUUAAUGGCGAGGAGUUUAGUACUACGCUUUUAGAUGGCACCUCGGUAAAAUUCCGGAGGCUUCAUGGAACCAACAGCAAGAACCGAGUGCAGCUGUCAGAUUCAGAACCGAGAUUCUCUGUGCUCGAGCCAUCAUCAUCCGUCGGCCAAAAAAAAGGACCGAAGGCUAAAACUGAGAUCAGCAAUGGGAACCGGCAAGUUCAGCUAUUGUACACCGAAUCGGAUUUAAUUUCAACACAGUCAACCGCCUCAUCUGAAAGUGAAGAAGCUAUCUCAACUGAUCACCCCUCUGGUGCCUCCAUUGUACCGGUGCCUAGGACUCUGAAAAGAAAGCGAUCGUCAUCACCGGAAUUUGCAUCUCAAAAUGGUGCUUUGGAAACAGGUAGAUCUGAGGAGCCCGUUGUCAUCAAAAGUAAAGACUUGUCUUCCAGCCCAUUGCAAAACCCAUGGCAGUAUUGUGUCCCUACAGGAACGCAGAAUUUGGACGAUAUCGGCAGCACUGUCGAGACACCAAGAAAGAAGAAAGGCUCUGGUUUCGACCAACAUCACGCUGGUGCUUUCACUGGUAGUGGGUCAGUGCCAAUUAGAGGUCCGCAGCAAAACCAUCGCAAUGAUCGCCAAUAUGCAUCAGAUAAAGGGUUGUCUCAGCACACUACACUACUUCAGCCCAUUGAUAGUAACUUGCGGACCGCCAAUUACCCCGGAAGUCGAGCAGAUAUGAAACCAAAGAGAAACAUGGAAAGGGUCACCAGGCAUGCUAUACCUUUGAUUGCAGAAGACGGCGAUGAAAGCUGUCCGGGCGCUAAAGCAAUAAAAAAAUUGGACAAGUCUUUGUCCAACUCAAUGGAUCAAGCGAUCUCGAGCGUUACUGGCAGACCUGUCCAGUCCCGUCUACUAGAUCUUCUUGAAAGACCGUUGCCUUCCAAGCCACCACUGAAAAUACCAAAAAUCCCCGGAGUCUCGAUUGAUUUUGGAGGACAACGCUUACGUGCCUCUGCCCCUGUUAGUCCGGAAAAAACAACAACAACAACAACAACAACGUGGACAUGUGCUGCUGAUGCAAGUGAUAGCGCUUCGAAGAUGAAAUCACCACAGGAAAGACAAAAUACACCGCAGCAAUCAGAUGUGCGCUCCAAUGAUCAACCUUACCGAACUCUCCCGCGUCACCGACUAAAGUUGAGCCAUUUCAAAAUAAAUUCAGAGAACAACCAGGGUCUUGACUUCGCGUUUGACACUGUUGUUCGCCGAAAAGAUGAGCGGAAAUUCGUAAGUGGUUGUACGCGCCCAGACUGUUGUGGAGACAAAUUCCGGGCUAUGGUACGCCUUGGUGGUCUGCCGACCCGUGCGAAUGGAUAUUGCCAGGACGAAAAAGAUCAAAUGAUACUUGAAGAUUACAUGGGAGACGAAAAGAAUUUGAUCCAUAAGUCGAGUGUAAGAGAGCGCGAGGAUCUCCUUCAGGAGGCAAAGGCAAAGCGUCUUGCCAAUGAUUUUGGAAAACACAGGCAUAAUCAUCAGCGCCCACGCACGCCCCCUGGAUUCUGGCGUGCUGACAUGCCUAGUACACAGGAGUUAGACGAUGACCACGAAGAAGCUCAUAAGCUAGAGAGUGAAAGGAUUAUGGAACGAUAUAAAGAAGCAACCCGCCCCGAGGGAUUAUGGAAGUUUGCAGAUGAAGAUAAACAUUAUAGCUGGGAGAGCCAUCAGUCUCAACACCAAUACAAUUUGCUUUGGUGUGCCUUAUCACUGAAAUGGUAUCUAUGUGGGUAUGCGCUAUUUCACAUGGAGUCAGCGCAGAAAGCCAACAGCCUGAUACCUGCAGCGUUGCUGCAACCGUCCAAAUGGCUUCCGCUAUAUGAAGAUUUUGUGACGAAGAACGCCAGCUCUGUAGGCCAAGUCGAGUCUGCGCUGAGGUCCUUAACAUACAUAAUACCAGGCCGUUACCGCGACUCUGAGAUAUCCUCGGAAUGCGUACACUCUGGGGUCCAACUUCUAUCAUUAUACCACGAUUCCCUCGUCUCACGAGUAAUUUCCAGGCUCCCACCAAGCAUUCACCGACAGACCCCUACACCACAUUCUCGAUACACCAAGUAUUGGACUUCUCGCUCUCCAUUUUAUCACAAAGUGGCACUCACUUUGCAAAUGAUUCAAUAUACCGAAUUGCUCUGGGAAAUGAUUGCGCGACGACGUGGCGAGAAGAUCCAUUGGCGCGUUGUUAUCUUCAUCGAAGCCGCCAAAGCAAUUUGCCGCUUGCUCUUGCUCCGCCUCACUAAAUCUCGGCCGCUUGUUAGUCCUCCUUUGCCAGAGCGUGAAGUUGAUCCGAGAUCUGCAGAAGAGGAAAACAGUGACUGGAAUGGGAUGCAGAUCCCCGUGAGCGAGCGGUCAUCUGAUCUGAGCUGGACCAUGCCACGGACGGGACUGUCGCUUCCAUCCCUGCCUGAUGUGAAUGAUGUGUCCAACUAUCUUAUCUCAAAGGUACUUACAGCCGAUGAUAUCAAGCCACCCAACGCGCUUCUGCACCGAGUUACUGGUCAAGGUCAGCUAGCAGAAGUCUUAUACAUUCUUCGGCCAGUAGUUUAUGCAUUGGCAAUGCAGAAGUGGAGUGGGGAUAAACGAAGUUGGAGACCUUGGCUUAUUGGAUUUGGAAUGGAGUACGGCUGCCGACAGCUCGCCAAGUCGGAUUUCCGGGACAGAGUUGCCGGAGGCCUUCGAGGACUCACAGGACUUGAACGAGGGGAGUUGAGGAAGCGUGGGUGGGCCAUGGGCUGGUGGCUUAUGCGUGGUGCAUUUUAUGAGAAGAUUACCAAGUCCUGGCUGAAAUAUUUGACCGGAAAGAUGAAGGGUAAACCGCUGAUUGACUUGGUGGGUAGCGUUGUUGAAGAUUAUGAAUAUCUGUGGGAUAACUACUACUUUCCGACUGCAACCCUUUGA